UACGACUGAUUUUAAUACAAAGUAGUGCCAUCUAUUAGAUUUAAAUAUUACUCCACGUGAGAAACAAACGACUCCAAUAUGGCGAAUGUGAGGGACAGUGAUACUUCGUUGUGGCUUCAUAACAAGCUUGGAACGUCUAAUGAUAGCUGGACUGGCAGUUCAAUUUGUUCUCAAUUAAACGCUGAGGUCUUAAGAAACAUCAAGGAUUGUUUUCCAGAUUUACAAACUCAAGUUAAACUUAAAUUACUUCUUUCGUUCUUCCACAUACCUAGGCGAAAUGUUGAAGAGUGGCGCGUUGAGCUGGAAGAAAUCAUUGAAGUUGCAUCGCUGGACAGUGAGUUAUGGGUUUCAAUGCUAUCCGAAGCGAUGAAGACAUUUCCAUCAACAGGAUCAUUAAAUACAGAUAUUACUGAUUUAGAUGAACAUAGACCUAUUUUUGGAGAACUGGUUAAUGAUCUUCGGAAAUUAUUAAAAAAGCAGAAUGAUCCUGCUAUGCUUCCAUUGGAAUGUCAUUAUCUGAAUAAAACAGCUCUGGUGUCUGUAGUAGGUCAACAACCUGCUACAGUGAAACAUUUCACAUUGAAAAGAAAGCCAAAAAGUGCAGCUUUAAGAGCUGAAUUGUUACAAAAGAGUAGAGAUACCGCAAGUAAUUUAAAAAAGAGUACAGCUCCCACUGUACCAGUACGAAGUAGAGGAAUGCCAAGAAAAAUGACAGACACAACACCCCUCAAAGGUAUUCCUAGCAGAGUUCCGACGAGUGGAUUUCGUUCUCCUUCUCUUACAAGUGCAUCAAUGUCAAGCAGAACUCCUAUUAGUAGUAGAAGUCGUAAAGAUGGUGGUAUUAAAUUGUUGGAUAUUAACGAACAACCUCUUGGAUAUGCACAAGCUAAAAAGAGAAGGCGAAUGAUGGAAUUAGAAGAGCAACAGAAAAAGGUUGCAGAAGCUCAAGCAGCUGCGGCAGCUGCAGCUUCGGCGAAUGCAGCUACAGUAGAAACUCCAGCAACGCCGGAAUAUGCUCAAGGAUUAGCAGCGAUUAAUCCACCUUCAACUCCUGUUACACCAGUAUCCACUGUUCAAUCUUACGUAGCUCCUACCACUCCAAGUGGAGUUACACCCACGACUACAUCACAAACUCCAACUACACCAUCUACACCUACAGUGUCCAGUACUGUAUCACCAAUAACAACACCAGCAGUCAUAUCCCCGGUGGAAAGUACACCUGUUGGUGUACAAACUGUUAGGCCAGCACAGACAAUUACACAGAUCCGUAUACAAACAUCUGCACAACCUGUUAAUGCAGCAGCAAAUACAAGAAGAGGCUUGUCACUAACGCGAGAACAAAUGCUAGAAGCUCAAGAAAUGUUUAGAACGGCUAAUAAGGUAACCAGACCGGAAAAAGCAUUGAUCUUGGGAUUUAUGGCUGGUUCUAGAGAUAAUCCUUGUCCUAAACUGGGCAACAUAGUAACAGUAAUGCUUUCGGAGAAUAUAGAAGAGGUCUCUCAAGCAGAUGGUUCAACGGUACCAAUGUUAGUUGAAACUCACUUCCAAAUGAAUUACACAAACGGCGAAUGGAAGAGGAUAAAGAAAAAUCGUCGAGUUGUAACGGAAGAGUCUACCUCGGCAGCAGCUCCUACUCCUAAUCCAACUGCUACAGCUUCCAAUUAGGCAAAAUAAACAAAGAAAUAUAUAUAUAUAUAAACUAUAUAUAUGUAUAAAAAAAGAAAUUAUAUCGCGAUCUGAAAUAACGCAGAAUCUUUUUUAAAGUACUCGCGUAUAUUAUGGCCAUUUGAGAACGCACACAAUUUGGUCAUACCAAUUUUUAAAGACUUUAGUUCAAUACGCGGUUCACAUCAUCAGUCAUCACUUAUGUUUUCGUAACGCAUACGAAAACUCACGUCAAUUUUGUAAUAAGAUCAUUAAGAUUAUAUCGCUGAUAAUUAUAAUUGAAUUAUAAUAUAGACUAUGGAUUCGUGAGUACGAAUUUUAAAAUGGAACUAACAAAAAUAAAUAAUAACAAAUAUUUUGUUUUUGUUCGUUUCUUUCGAAUCAUAAGGAAAAAGUUUCCAAAUGAUGAAACUGAUGGUGCUAAACACAUAGUUUUUUUUCUACA